AUGAAGACAGUCUAUUCAUUCAGCGAAUAUCCGGAUUUAGAGAAGCAAGUUAAUGGUGCUGAUAGUGCUAUGACUAUCCUCGGUCGUAAGAGUACAGUUUUGGCUCAAUUAGCUACACAAGAUAUUCGAGUUCCACAAAGUUUCACAAUUACUACAGAAUUUAUCGAUAAGUUCAACAAACUCAAACUAACUGCAAUUCCAAGUCUAACAUGGAAAUUAAUCGUUGAUAAUAUCAAAAUUAUAGAAGAAAAAACAGGCAGAAAGUUAGGUGACAUCAACACACCACUCCUCUUAUCAGUUAGAGGUGAUGCAACAUCUGACCUUUCAGGAAUGCUCAACACAGUCUUAAAUAUCGGUAUUAACGAUUUAACAGUCCGUGCAAUUGCAAAUGAGACAAAGAAUAGAACAUUCGCAUAUGAUACAUAUGCAAGAUUCAUUAAAUCAUACGGAAUCGUUGUCAACGGAAUUGAACGUGCAAGAUUCGAUAACGUUACAAAAGAAUAUAUGGCAUCACGCGGACUUAAGGCAACUAACGAUUUUUCAGAUAUAGAUUGGAUCGAAAUUACAAAAAUAUUCAAAUCAAUUUAUCUUAAGCGAAAAGGCAUUCCAUUCCCACAGGAUCCACUGGAACAGCUUAAAGGAGCUUUAGUUUGCGUUAUACAAUCAUUUACAUCAGAUAAAAUAAAGAAAUACGCUACUUAUUUCAAUAUGAUUAAUAAUCUCGGAUUUUCAGUCCUUGUUCAAGAAAUGAUCUUCGGAACAUCCCAGUGUGACUGCCUCUCAGCUAAAAUCUCUACAAGAAACCCAGCAACUGGAGAAUCACAAUUAGCAGGAAAUCUUGCAAAUAACGCACUCUGCUGCGACAUUGAAGAAGAGUUUGCCAGUUACAAAGAUGCCCAUACAGCAACUGGCCCAGUACAUCGCGAUAUUACAGAUUUUUCAAAGAAGAUCGAAACAUUCUUCAAAGGACCACAAGAAAUCGACUUUGUUUUCGAUCCAAACAACUCCUAUGUCCUCAACGUUAAGCCACUUUACUUCUCUGGUGCUGCUCGCUUUGCUGCAGUUAGAGAUAUGGCUAAUGAAGGAAUGUUGAGCAAAGAAGACACUGUUAUGUGUCUUACUCCAGAUGAUUUGAACGCUCUUUCAGGUUCAGUCAUUGAAAAAGAGCCAAAAACAGUUCUUGCAUCAGGAAUUCCAGCAGGAGCCGGUGUUGUUGGCGGAAAAGCUGUUUUUGAUAGCGCUGAUAUCGCAAAGGCCAAGGAUGGAAACUUAAUUCUUAUCAGAGAGCAUAUUUCUCCACUUGAUUUCGACGAUGUUGUCAAAUCAGCGGCCGUUGUUACAUGUGAUGAUGCCACAACAUCAUAUGCAGCCAGACUUCUCCGUAUGCUCAGAAAGCCAGGCAUUCUUGGAGCCAAUUUUACGAUCGACCAACAGACCAAGACAGCCAAAUUCGGCGAAACAGAGGUCAAAGCAGCAGCUUCAGUCACUGUCUCCCACAAUGGCAAGCUCUUCAACAAGAUCCAGAAGAGUUCAGAGCCAAAAGGAGGAAGUGAAGCGGCCAAAGCCAUUCUUGAGUGGGCAGAUGAGAUCAGAAGUGGCAAAGUAUCUGUUGUUGCACCAGUUUCAUCUCUUAUUGAUGUCGAAAAUGCCAAGUUGAGCGGAUCUGACGGUCUCGCCUUCUUCCCAAUGGAUUCAUUGAUCACUGGCAAGCGUAUUGAUGCAAUGAAGAUGUUUGUUGAGAAGGGACAAGACAAAGGAUUAGCACAGUUAAAGUCAGAGCUCAUUUCAGAUAUCAAACAAAUUAUUUCUCAACCAAACAUCUCAAUUAUGCUUCUUGAUGAUCCACUUUCCAAAUACCUUUCAGAUCCUGUAAAGCUUACAGAAGAAAUCUCCGUUCUCAGGGCACAAAAAGAAUUCAAGGAGCAAAACGAGGAAGAAUUCAAGAAAGAGAAAGAACUUAACGCUAAAAUCGCUACACUCGAAGCCGUCAAGCGCCUCAAAGAGUCUAACCCUAUGAUGGGCACUCGCGGUGUCAAAAUGGCCAUAGUGAACGAUAAAGUAUUCAAUCUUGAAAUUUCUGCAAUUUCAGAAGCAGCGAAAGAAGCCGGAGUUUCAUCGAUCAGCAUCUUAUUACCAGAUGUCACAGAUGGCUGCGAAGUUGCAGAGAUCAAGAAGAUGUCAGCAUCUCUUUUAGAAGGACUCGAAGUCAAAUGGGGAUCAUCUGUAGAGAGUGCUCGUGCAUGUUUGAUGAUGGAAACAAUUGCAAAGGAAUCAGAUUUCAUUGCAAUUUCAACAACAGGUUUGCAACAGACUGUUUACGGUAUGUGCAAAGCUGAUGCUGAGAAAUUGUUUGUCACUGAUUACAUGACAAGAGGAAUUCUCAGAGAAAGCCCAUUCAAGUCUGUCGAUGAAGAUGCAGUUGGAGAAUUGAUGAAAGAAGCUGCUAAAGACGCUAAAGAAGUUAAUCCGAAUAUUAACAUCAUCAUUUAUGGCGAACAAUGCAGCAUCGCGAAAUCAAUCAAAUACUGCACUUCUAUCGGUAUUGACAGCAUUGCUUGCCCAGCAAGUAUGGUUCCAGUUGCUAAAUUAUGCUGCGCACAAUCUGUUAUUGCUAACAGAAAGUAA